GCCGUACAUGUGCAUGCAUGGCACCGACCCAGUGGCGCUAGACGAGGGCGUGUGCCGGGAUCCCGCGGCGGCCCGUGGGAAAUGCCAGAGCUGCCCGCCCACGAACAACAAAUUCCCCCCUCGAGCCUAAACUACUGGUCGUGACUGACACGGAAGGCGCCCGCGGUGGAUUCUGGGGACGGACGGGAUUUACUGGAGACCGCCCCGAAAUUCGGCGCCCCCGACCCCAUCGUCGGCAACCUUCACCUCCACCUCCUCAAACUACAUACGUUCCGCCCUACCUGCGUCCUCCCUUCGCUUCCGCCACGCCGCCGUCACGCGACCUCUGCUCAAGCCCGAUGCCUCGCACAGCCGAGACGUGACCCCGACAAAAGAUGGCCUCCCGGCCCUCCCACAGCCGCGAAAACUCGGCCUCGAACGGCAACAACGACCACCGCCCUCUGCAGCCGAGCACCCUGCGCCAGAGCCACACGCCCGCGAGCCGACGCGGCAGCAGCCAGGGCAGCGACUCGGCGGCCCAACAGCCCGGCGCGUCGCCCGCGUCGUCGACCAGCUCUCACCGCAAGCAGCCCGCCACCGAGUCGACACCCUUGCUUCCCGCCGACGGCCAGCAGCAGCAGCAGGAACAGCAGCAGCAGCGCAGGGACCCCGCACAUCCGGGCAUAUGCACCCAUGGCACCUUCAGCCCGCGGCCCUCGAGCCCGGCCGACGGCAUCUUUGGCGGCCGACUCGAUGACUUGGCCGCCAGCGAGACGACGACGGCCAGCGAGCCGCCCUCGGGCGUCCUCGACACCGCCGUGUCCAACAUGCUCGGCACUGACGACUGGAAGCUCUGGAUCAAGCGGAGGAUACGCUCCAAGAAGGUGACCCAGAGCACAGAGCUAGCCCAGCAGGCCGGGUUCCGCUUCACCCCCAUGAUGUGAGAUAUGCGUCAUGCAUUGCUGCUCUCCCCUUGCGCGGCGGCUGACUGGCUCGGCAGGUACCUGGCCUACUAUAUUCCGUUCUUCAAUUGGAUCGGCCAAUAUCGGCUCUCCUUUCUCAAGGGAGACCUUGUCGCUGCCCUCACGAUAGCCUCAUUCUAUCUCCCCAUGGCCCUCUCCUUGGCCUCCAAUCUCGCUCACGUGCCUCCAAUUCAUGGCCUGUACGCCUUCGUCUUCAAUCCUUUGGUCUACGCCAUCCUCGGCUCGUGCCCGCAAAUGGUCGUAGGCCCCGAAGCCGCAGGCUCCCUCCUUGUCGGCACUGUCGUGCAGCAGAGCGUCGAUUCUGGCGGCAGCGAUGAGGAAAACGAUCUCCUCCACGCUCAGAUUUGCGGCGUCGUCGCUGGAAUGGCCGGUGCAAUCGUGCUCAUUGCCGGGCUGGCACGGCUGGGCUUCCUCGACAGCGUCCUCAGCAAGCCGUUUCUCAGGGGCUUCAUUAGCGCCAUUGGCUUCGUCAUUGCGGUGGACCAGUUGAUUCCCGAGUUGGGCCUCGCCGACCUAGCCAGCGAGCAGGGCGUCAGCCACGGCAGCAGCAUCGACAAGAUCCGUUUCAUUGUUGAAAAUGUCGGUGAGGUACACCACUUGACAUUCGCCGUCGCAGGAAUAAGCUUUCUCGUCAUCAUGAUAUGCAGGGAGCUCAAGAAGCGCCUGGAGCCCAAGUUCCCGUCUGUCGUCUUCGUCCCCGAUCGCUUUCUCAUCGUCGUCGCAUCGGCCAUUCUGUGCGCCCAUUUCCGAUGGGACAAAGAGGGCGUCGAGGUCCUUGGCUCUGUCAAGUCCGCCACGGGCGGGCUCUUCGCCUUUCGCUGGCCCUUCCAGCUCUCUCACAUGCGCCAUAUCCGCGCCGCAAUGUCGACGUCAUUCCUGAUAGCGCUCCUCGGCUUCUUCGAGUCGUCUGUGGCGGCCAAAAGUCUGGGCGGAAGUGACACGAUCCAGGGCAUGGAGCUCAGUGCCAACCGCGAGAUGAUUGCUCUCGGGGUGGCCAACCUGGUUGGCGCGAGCUUCAUGUCCUUGCCAGCGUUUGGAGGGUACGGCAGGAGCAAAGUGAACAAGACGACCGGCGGCAAGAGCCCCAUGAGCUCCGUGUUCCUGAGCUUGAUCUCCCUUCUGUCCAUCAUCUUCUUACUUCCUGAGUUCUACUUUCUCCCGAAACCCGUCCUGUGCUCCAUGAUAUCCGUCGUUGCGUGGUCGCUGAUAGAGGAGGCACCUCACGACAUUGCUUUCUUCGUCCAUAUUCGUGGCUGGAAAGAGCUGUCGCUCAUGGCAAUCAUCUUUCUGUCAACCAUAUUUUACUCGCUGACGCUGGGAAUGGCUCUCGGCGUUGGCAUCUCCCUCUUGCUCGUCAUCAAGCACAGCACCCGCCCGAGGAUUCAGAUUCUCGGCCGAAUUCCCGGGACCAAUCGCUUUGAGAACGCCGAGGCCGACAAUCCCAACCUGGAGUUCAUCGAGGGCUGCUUGAUUGUCAAGAUCCCCGAGCCCUUGCACUUUGCCAACACGGGUGAACUCAGAGCGCGGCUGCGGAGAUUGGAACUCUACGGAACAUCGCAGGCGCACCCGGCCCUCCCGCGAAUACGCAGCCAAGAGUCGAAUCGAAAUGUCAUCUUUGAUAUCCACGGCGUCACGUCGAUGGAUGGGUCGGGGACCCAGGUGCUCGAGGAGAUUGUGCGCAGCUACCGACAGCGUGGCGUACGUGUCUUCUUCUCGAGGGGACCGAGCAAGCGAAGCCACCCGGUCUGGCAGCUCAUGGAGCGCAGUGGCAUUGUGGCCCUCUGCGGUGGCGAGUCUCAUUUUGUCAUGGACGUGGAGGAGGCGUUGCGGUGGACGGAAUACGAGGAAAGCAUCAGCAUGGGCAGCGGGAGCAGCGUGCGUGAGUCGCAGUCAUGAUGAGCAUGCCGACCAUGAUGGAAGCGUGUUUGGAAACUGGUUGCUUAGCGGGAAAAGCACAUGGCGGCAUUUACGUGUACGAACAGAGGCGUUUGGCGGCAGCGACUGGUUCAUCUGUAGGGAGGUAGUCAUGUUCCUUGACAGUUGGCGGACAUUGAUGCAAUUGGCUAGAUUAUAUGACAAGACCAUGAGUAUAUAU